GUAUUUCGAUAGAUAAGAUUCGUCCCAAGUUAUAUAAACGUUAUGAGAAAAAAACUGACCUUAAUCCCUGGAAAAACUCUGAAACUUUUGAAUCCCCACAAACCGAAAUUAAUUUGAAGCUGUUAGACGAGAUUACUGAACUUAAAAAGGAGAAUAUCAAAAUUAAAACUGAGAAUGCAGAGUUAAAACAAAAUUUAGAUGAGCUUAAAAAAGAACUAGAAUCUAAAAAAAAUCGCAAAUUUCAGGAGAAAUGUAUCCUAAUAGCUCAAGUAUUGCUUGGAGAAGAACCUGUGGUUGAAUACCGUUCAUCUUUUAUGGAAGGAUUAGAACUUGAUGCAUUCUUCCGAAACAAUCAAAUCGCGUUGGAGGUGCAAGGAGCUAAACAUCGGCUUCAUCACACCAGCUGGUAUAAAGAUGUUAAAAAACUCGAGGAUAUUGUUAACCGUGAUCAGAAAAAAAGAUGUAUAUGUCAAGAUAAUGGAAUCUUCCUUCUUGAGGUAUGGUAUGAUGAAAAACCAGAAAUAGUUAUUCCCAAAAGAAUACAAAAAUUUAAGGAUUUCUUAAGUUCCAAAAUUUUUGAACUAUAA